CAACCCCAAGCCCUCGUCCAUAAAUCUUCUCUCUGUCAACAGCCACAAGUAGCCGGCGCGAUGUCGCACACCACACCCACUCAGGGCAACAUCAACCACUCUAUGCGAACGAAUUACAACGAGUUCGGAGUCGACGAGUACUAUCGUAAAGUCAACGCUUCAUACCGAAACCCGUUCUUCCCCGGCAUACGCAAGGUAAUCUUUGCCUUGCUGGACCGAUGGUGGAAAGAGGAGGGAGUAUCACGUGGAGGACCAUCAGAGCCGGAGGUCGAGCUGGAGUUGCGGAUCUUGGACAUGGCAGCGGGAAGUGGGGAAGCCACUCUUGUCAUAGAAGAAUGGUACAAUACCCGUUUCCCCAGUGCUAUACCGAGCACUUUCUCCACUCAGACGUCGAAUUCUCCUCUGUCCCCUGCGGCAUCACCGAAUCCAGGUCUACGGAAUCCUCUGGCUAGUCUAGGGAUCGGUUCGUCCCGACUACCAGUAGUUGGACGUUCUGCCUUUGUACCGCCGGGAAAGAAAGGCAAUCAGGCCGAGACGACAGCCACAAGUUCUGUGCUAGCUCAGAAGCCUGCACGACCAAAUUUGGGCUUGAAGUCAGGGAGACCGCCCAAGCUAGUGAUCAUGGCUACCGAUCCCUACACCGUCCCAGCAUACGAAACCCGUACAGGAAGACCCUGUCUCGAACUAUCCUUCCAAGACAUAGCCCAGGGCAAACUAGCGGCAGCUACACCUACCUACAGCAGCAAGCCGUUCGACCUUGUCAUCUGCUCGUUCGCCUUGCACCUGGUCGGGGACGCCUCCGAGAUGUUUUCGCUCUUGUACGAGCUGAGUCAGAGGGCAAAGUGGCUGGCCGUCGUGGCCCCACAUAAGAAACCGGAGAUCAAAGAUGGUUGGGGGUACGCUCGAUGGAAUCUGGGAUCGUGGAAGUCUACGCUCGACUCGGGUAUCUCGAUGGAAGACGUCGACGAGCAUGACGACCAGGCCACCCCAUCGCAAAGCAGAGAUGGGAUUGUCAACCAGGGACAAGAGCUCGUGCUCGAUAGGGUGAGAUGUAGGCUGUACAAGAGUGUCGAGUUGUGAUACUGGACACAAGUCAUGUAACAUGUAGCAUGUAGUCACCUCAAGGCCUCAGGAGUGAUCAAGUUGCCGCGC